AUGAUAAGAAUUCAUGGUGUCCUCUGGGUCGCAGCCAAUUGCGUGCUGUUGUGCCUGGACCCAGGGGAAUUCUCGGGCUGGGCCGCAGCCCUAGAGUUCCUUCACUGUCGAAGGUUUAUAAGCUCGACCUGUCCCAGUAUCUGGCAUGAAUGCGCAAACAAAUUUUUUGAUAUAGAUCGACUUGCCGUCAUUCUUCUGCUGACACGCGUCCAUUCUAAUAAGUGUAACAUCAAGAUGCCAUCCACUAAAGAACUUGGUUCAACUAGAACACUCGAAAAGUCCCACCUCGUCACACCUGAAGAGUAUGGCAUCAAGCUACAGGCCCCUAUCGAGAUGAAGCUGUCGCCUAUAGAUCAAAACAUGCCCCGUCUGUAUGGUGGUCGCUGGAUUCUCUGCUUCCCUCUGCCGGCUGGGGUGGAUAUGUCUGUCGUCUUUGAAAAUUUGAAAAGAGGACUAGCUCAGACGAUUGCUUCUAUACCGUGGCUUGCAGGCGAUGUGGGACCGGAAAAGGGGAGCGACCCCAAAGAUGCGAGACUCCAAGUAGUUGAAGGCAAGGGAGGUGUAAAUUUUGUUUACAAAGACCUUACGUCCAUCCUCCCUUCCUUCGCGGAUCUCAGGAAAGAUAAUUUCACAUUCUCGAAGCUUACCACUCCGUUGGUAUCACCACUUCAAGUCAUCCAAGAGGCACAACCUGUCUUCGCAGCGCAAGCCAACUUCAUAGAAGGUGGACUUCUCCUCACUGUCGGGAACCAUCAUGCUGUUUGUGAUGGAGCGGCACGAGAUCACAUUCUCGAGAUUUGGGCACGAAAUACCAGUGCCAUUUCUGGGACAAGACCCUUCACAAAGCACGAUCCUAGUUCGAACGAUCGCUCGCCAUUGAGCGCCGGUAUUCCAACAGACAAUAUUGCCGCCUUUCCUGAAUAUAUGCUAGCUCCAACACCACCUGCGGAUCAGACAAACUUGGCGCCACCAACUGCAUUCCAAAUGCCGCCAAUGGCAGCAAAAAUAUUCACAUUUUCGCCCUCGAUGUUGGCUGCUCUAAAAGCAGAAGUAAAAGCAUAUUCCACCAACGACGCUGUUGUCGCAUUCUUCUGGCACCACAUGUCCACCGCCCGCAAUCUAUCGCCUAUCGACGAAACAGCCACCUCAGCAGCCCUCUUCGCAAGCAACAUCCGCAGCCGCACCUCCCCUCCCCUUCCGCGCACCUAUCUCGGGAACGCUGUCCUCGGCUGCCUCACUCCCCGACUCUCCAUCACAUCUCUCACGGACCCCUCUACCGGUCUCCAACUCGCCGCUUCAUCUCUCAGAACCGCCUUGAACGACAUAAACAAACCGAAUCGCAUCCCUCUCACCAUUGGUCUUCUCUCCUCGCGUCCCAACGCUCAAGAUUUCAAGUUCGCAGCUAGAGGCUUCCUGGGCCCUGAUAUCACUGUUUCGUCUUGGGCGGAUAUGAGAGUGCGGGAGAGGGAGUGGGGUGGUCUGGGGAAGCCCGAGGGGUUUAGGGUUCCGUAUGAGGCGGCGGAUGGGGUUGUUACUGUGUUUCCGAGGCUGGAAGGGGAUGGGAUUGAGGUUAUGUGUGGAUUGGAGUCUGGGGCCAUGGAGAGGAUGGUGGGGAAUGAGGAGUUUAGAAAGUUUGUUACGGAUGUGGUGGAGUGA